AUGCUAACGCCGAAUCAUGUCCUAGCCUCCAGUGCCAUACCACCCACCUAUAAUCCUGGAUCUCCAACCCCCCCGCUGCGAGCGCCGCUGUUGCUGCCACGCUGCUAUCACCGUCACCUUGUCACCAUCACCCCGUCACCACCGCCUAACCCCACCACCGCUCAUCCACCUACCCCACACACAACCCCCGCGCUCAAUGCGGAGGGAAGCCCGGAUCAUAAGGGGGUGAUUGAGGAGUUGCGGGGCGAGAAAGAGAAGACGGCAGCGGAUCUUGAUGCGGUGACGGGGGCGCUGCGGGAUGAGAAUGCGAAGGCGUUGGCAGAUCUCGAUGCACCAAAGCAAUGGGAUGCUGCCGCUGUCACCACCGCCACAGACAAGAAGAACUCGAAAUACAAAACCCCAAGUCUCGCUAGAGCUGCCGUUUUAAUUUUGGAGCGGGAGCGGAAGUUGAUGUAA